AUGGCCAAGCGCCGCGCAUCUGGGGCCAGUGCAGCGAUGAAUAUCUCUGCUGCGGAUGUCAGUGCACUUUUGCUUCGCUGUUCUCCAGCACAGCUUCCUGUGCCAAUGGUCAUCAAAGUGCUCCGGGCCCUGCUGCCCACAACUGCAACAACGGCAGAGGACCGGGCCUCGGCCUCUCGCGCCACGCGCCAUCGACGCAUGGCCACAAAGCUACUCCAGGCCGUCGAUGAAGGCUGGCCCUUUCAGUCCCAGGGUAUUCUGAUCCUGCGCCGAUGCUGCGAUCCGCAUUUGGCUGCAGAUCAAGCCCCCGCUGUCAUCGAACGCAUGGCACGAGAAAAUAACAUUCACUUUUCCCGCAUGCACCAACUCUGUUGUCACCGCGCCUUGAUGGCGGAUCCUUCACGGGGACCCCAGCGCUACUACGAAUGGCCUGUGGAUACUGCAUUCCCUCGCUUGUUUGAGGCAAACAGCAUGCUUAAACUCCGGGCAUGGGCAACCACCAAUGGACAUACGUCUGCCAGCCCGACAGAGUACUGCUUUGAAAGCGGUGAUAUGGCGCUGGUUCGCGCUGACAUCAUCCAUGAGCUUGAAACCAUGUGCAGCCAGCCCACUGGAUUCCAUCUUUUUGCUUUUCGCACCAGUGACCUACCUCAUUGCACCGAGCGCACUUCACUGCCCCGCCUUCCCAUACCGAGCCCACCUCGAGACGCCAAGGCAAGCAACCCUGAGAGCGCUGACAAAGCUGCGGCCCUAAAUCACAACCAAGACUGGGCGAGGACUCAAAACAAGGCAGCUCGACGAUCGCUUCCAAAUCGUCACCCUGUUCACAGUUCAAUCAUUGAUGAGCAAGGUGGCCACGCCAGCGGUCUUCACGGUCAUCAAACCCGAGAACUGCCCCUGCACCACAAGCCCGAAAACGGAAGCUCGAAGUUGAAACAAACCGCCACUUCAUCUGACAGGAUCGAAAACCAAUCCAGGGACGACAUGCGACCGGGGUCGCCCGUGCUAUCUGGCCCGGAGACGAGUGCCGAUUCCAGUGCACCAGUCGAGAAGCGCCGUGGGCGCCCACGGCGCCGCUGGAAAGGCGAUCAAGUAGUUUUGGACACGCGCGGUAUGGGUCGAGACUUUCAUUCGGGAGUGAGGCGCAUUCUCAAUGAGCUGUCUGCCGACGGGGUUGGUUCUCUGGCCGUGCGAGGCCGCUACCUGGGCCUGCUAGAGCAGCCGGCGCAGCUGUGUGAGGAUAUUUUACGACUUCCUGCAGCCAACUUACAGUGUCAGGAUCGCUGGCGCGAUGUCUACGCGCGUGCUUCGAAUGCAUCAGUGGCCGCUUGGGUGAGCUCCCGCUUUGCGCGAGGCUUGAUACUCGUCGUGCUGGCCCGCCGUUUAUCCGAGGCCACGGGUCUACGGCCGUCAAUGUUGGAGGACGUAUACUCACGGUUGGUGGAGCUUUUGGGUGAGACGCCGUCCCAUUUCGGUCCCAGCACGGCCCGAAAGCAUUACUUUUACGCACUCGCGCUAGAGCAGCACCCGGCUCUUGCUGCCAUCAAUUGUGGCUAUGAGCACAUUGCCGCCGCUUGGUGCGGAACCCUCAAGAUUCGUGCUCAGCGCGAACUUCACGCUCAUUCUGCCAACUUGAGUGACCUGCCCAUACCGCUGGACGAAUCUGAGGGGUUUAUGGAAGCUACGGCCAUGGUCAUGCGAGAUUUGCCUCUGCCACCCUUUCUGGAGGCCGCCCGUAAAGUCCUUAGGACCACAAACACGGUGGCUCAAGAGAGCUCGCACGCAAACCCAAGUCACAGCCAUGUCCUGAAGCGCGAGACUCCAGCAUCGUUGUCUGGGGACCCAACGAGUGGUGCCGAUGCCUCGGGCUCCAACCGGAGCAACAAGGGUCCUGCCCUCUUAGCAGCCUCAGCUUUGUUGGAUCUACAGCGAAAGGGAGCUGCGAAUGAUGCGCCAUCAAACUUGAGCGCGACAUUGCGAGCAGCCUCACCGCCCACUUCCAUCCCAAAGGCCCAGGUACAAGAGGGCCUUGGCGACACGUCCUACUCCAACAAACCACCUGCGACCAAGGCUAGUGACAACAACAAUACACUUGCUGACGGCGAGCUUGCGGCGAAAGUCCGCAAGCACUUGGAUUGA